AUGGAGCAAUUCUUACGCUUUGAACGAUACGGAGAAAUUAGGUCGUUCAGGCACAGUAUUGAAAUCCUGGUUAUUCAGCCAGUUCCAAUUUUGCUUAAGUACCUACAGCUGACGUGGUUGAUAUGCGUUCAUGUCUUAAAGUUUGUUACUGCUGUCGACGUUAAUGGCCAGAAUGAGAUUGACAGUGGCGGCAACGUUGUUAACUUAAAUGACAGCAACUUUGAAACCACAGUCUUAAACAGUGGUGAUAAGUGGCUUGUUGAGUUCUUCUCGCCGUACUGUAGAAAAUGUAAAAAGUUUAAACCACAGUGGAAUCAAGCAGCUGCAAAGCUUAAAGACAAAAUUAAGGUAAGCAAGAAUUUCAGAAUUAAUCACUUACAAUUUAAGUUUGGAGCGCUUGAUGUAAUUGCUAACCCAGGGAUGGCAAAGAAAUUUAUUAUCAGAGCUUUACCUACUAUUAAAUAUUUCGAUUCUGGUUCUAGUGCUGACGAUGCAGUUAAUUAUGACGGUGGAAUGGCUAGUACAGAUAUAGUUCAGUGGGUUCUGGAUAAAAUCGACAGGAGAAGGUCUGAACUGUAG